AUGUCAGUACAAGAGAACCAGCAAAAAUCUUCUGUGGGUAUCCCGCCCUUGUUCCAAUGUCCAAUUUCCUUAGAAAUAAUGAGUGACCCAGUCACUCUGUGCACUGGAAUCACUUAUGACAGAGCUUCCAUUAAAAAAUGGUUCCGAGCAGGAAAUAAUAUUUGUCCAGCCUCUGGUCAGACUCUCCACACGCGUGAGCUCAUCCCUAAUCACACCCUUGCUGCUCUUAUAAAAAAAUGGCGCCUCAAAAAUCCAUCAGAUCCCACUGCCCAGAACAACCAAAACCUGCAGCAUAUGAUAGAGCAGAUCGACAAAGGCGGCGCCGUCAAAAUCGAGGCGUUACGAAACUUGAAGAAUUUUGCGAGGGUCGAAAGCAACAGAUCGAAUCUGCAAUCCGAGGGCGUUUUACCUGCUCUGAUUCGUGUUAUGCAAGUAUUUGACCCGGUUCAUCCCGUUGAACACGAAACAGAGGCUGUGCAAGAAGCCAUUUCAGCCAUUGUUUUGUUUUCUGUGGACGAGGACAUCUUCUCGAGAGAUUUAUUGAGUGGCCGAGCGAUUCGAACCGUCGAAUGGGUGUUGGCGAAGGGUGAUCUGGAGUCCAGAAUAAAUGCGGCAACCCUUGUGGAAAAGCUGGCAAAAGGGGAUGAGACGGGUGCUAUGGAAAUCGGGUCUAUGGAAGGGAUAACAGAUGGGCUUUUAACUUUGCUUGAACAGAAUAACAACACGCAUUAUAGUGGUCUCAGGGCUUUGGUUCCUCUGUGUCAAGUGGUUGCAUAUCGGGUGAAGCUAGCGGAGACAUUUGGUGUAAUUCCUCUUCUGACUCGAUUGCUUGGCGCUUCAGAGAGAGGUGUGAUCGAAUCAUCCAUGGCUAUUCUGGAGGCGCUUUCAACUGUUUGUCAAGGGCGAUGGGGCAUAAUAGAUUACGCACUUGCAGUGCCUACAAUCGUUAGAAUUUUGUUGGUUGUCUCUCGUGUCGCUACCGAUCAUGGUAUUGGGAUUUUGUUGAAUAUUUGUAAGAAUUGCAGUAAAGAAGAUGAGAUCAGAGAUGUUGGAAAAACGGGCGUGCUGGAGAAGUUGGUGGCGUUACUUCACAUGGAUUGCGAGCCCAGAACCAAAAAACGUGCUAACUUUCUUAUCAAAAUUCUGUCCCCCCUGCAAAACUAUGAUUCUCGCACUCAGUUCGUGAUUCACUUAUAA